CGGCGCGGGGCGCGGCCGCUGCAGCGCCGAGUGCGGGAGCGGAGCGGGAGGAGUGCAGCGCGGAAAGGAGCGUGUCGGAGCACCCUCGGAACGCCGGGCACCAUGCGUGAGAUCGUGCACAUCCAGGCCGGGCAGUGCGGCAACCAGAUCGGCGCCAAGUUCUGGGAGGUCAUCAGCGAUGAGCACGGCAUCGACCCCACUGGCAGCUACCACGGGGACAGCGACCUGCAGCUGGAGAGGAUCAACGUCUACUACAAUGAAGCCACGGGUAACAAAUAUGUCCCCCGUGCCAUCCUGGUGGACCUGGAGCCCGGUACAAUGGACUCUGUGCGCUCCGGCCCCUUUGGACAGAUCUUCCGACCUGACAACUUUGUCUUUGGUCAGAGUGGGGCUGGCAACAACUGGGCCAAGGGGCACUACACGGAAGGUGCCGAGCUGGUGGACUCUGUCCUGGAUGUGGUGAGGAAGGAGUCGGAGAGCUGUGACUGCCUGCAGGGCUUCCAGUUGACCCACUCGCUGGGUGGUGGCACAGGCUCUGGCAUGGGCACCCUCCUCAUCAGCAAGAUCCGGGAGGAGUACCCCGACCGCAUCAUGAACACCUUCAGCGUCAUGCCGUCCCCCAAGGUGUCAGACACGGUGGUGGAGCCCUACAAUGCCACCCUGUCUGUGCACCAGCUGGUGGAGAACACGGAUGAGACCUACUGCAUUGACAACGAGGCCCUGUAUGACAUUUGCUUCCGCACCCUGAAGCUGACCACUCCCACGUACGGGGACCUCAACCACCUGGUGUCGGCCACCAUGAGCGGAGUGACCACCUGCCUUCGCUUCCCGGGCCAGCUGAACGCCGACCUGCGCAAGCUGGCGGUGAACAUGGUGCCUUUCCCUCGGCUGCACUUCUUCAUGCCGGGCUUUGCCCCCCUCACCAGCCGUGGCAGCCAGCAGUACCGAGCCCUGACGGUGCCCGAGCUGACGCAGCAGAUGUUUGACUCCAAGAACAUGAUGGCCGCCUGCGACCCCCGCCACGGUCGCUACCUGACGGUGGCUGCCAUCUUCCGGGGCCGCAUGUCCAUGAAGGAGGUGGAUGAGCAGAUGCUCAACGUGCAGAACAAGAACAGCAGCUACUUUGUGGAGUGGAUCCCCAACAAUGUGAAGACGGCCGUCUGUGACAUUCCCCCACGUGGUCUCAAGAUGUCCGCCACCUUCAUUGGCAACAGCACGGCCAUUCAGGAGCUCUUCAAGAGGAUCUCGGAGCAGUUCACGGCCAUGUUCCGGCGCAAGGCUUUCUUGCACUGGUACACCGGCGAGGGCAUGGAUGAAAUGGAGUUCACGGAGGCGGAGAGCAACAUGAAUGACCUGGUCUCCGAAUACCAGCAAUACCAGGAUGCCACUGCUGAUGAGCAGGGGGAGUUUGAAGAGGAAGGAGAGGAGGAUGAGGCGUAAAGUUGAAAUGGGUAGGAAUUAAGUAUAGUCUGAGCAGGCAAGUGUUCAUUGAGAGGAGGAAUCUGUGCAGUUGUGCUGAAGCAUGCAUUUUUUCAUUUGGUGCUCUCCACUGUUGCUUCUGUCAGCAGUUUUGUAUCCUUGACUGUCCAAUGUAACAGUAGUUGCAAAAAUACUUCAGAGUCUUCUGUUGAAAUGGUUAACUUCUCAAACAUAAAGGCUUUUUGUGUCCUAAA